AUGUCGAAUAGAGGAUACGAUGUUGUUGUCGAUGUCGACGCAGAGGUGAAGCUCCGCCAAUCCACCAUGCGCUCCACCAGAAUCAUACUGACGCGCAUCAAGGGUGACUUAGGCCACACGGAUUUGCAGGAGGACCUCGAAUUCCACUCCUCCAAUUUUGAUGAUACCCAAACUCGGGCCAACAAAAUCACCCCCGACACCAACGCCUCGUUCCUCCCAGGAGGCACCGCCAACCGCUCCUCCGGCACCUCUAAGCGCUACCUCUGGUCCCUCGCCUUCUACGCUCAAUUCUUCGAUGUCGACACGAACGAGGUGCUUCGACGAUGCCAGGCUGCCAUCUUCCCACGCGCCAGGUUUCUUGACGUGCUGGACGGAAACCCAGACCUAUACGGGCCCUUCUGGAUAGCUACGACAGUGGUGAUGAUCCUGUUCCUGACGGGGACGAUCAGCCAGUAUCUUGCACGGAAGGGACACGACCACUUUGCGUACGACUUCAAGCUGUUGAGCGGGGCUGCGGGGUUGAUCUACGGGUAUACUGGAAUCAUACCGCUGGGCCUUUGGGGUGCUCUGAGGUGGUUCGGUAGCGAGUCUGCAAAUCUGCUGGAGUGCUGGGCACUAUACGGCUAUGCGAACCUGAUCUGGAUACCGGUGGCCUUAAUAUCAUGGUCUCCGAUCCCUAUCCUGAACUAUGUGUUCGUGGCUGUAGGCUUCGCCAUCUCAGGCCUCUUCCUUUGGCGGAACCUCUACCCGGUCCUUAGCGCGACCGAUGUGCGAACUUCGAAAAUCCUGCUCAUCGUGGUUGUAGCGCUGCAUGCGGGCCUCGCUAUAGCUAUCAAUGUGCUCUUCUUCGCGUGA